ACACAGUAGAGAAACCUUCAGAAAGAAAUGAAUAUGGACAAGCCUUUAUCCCAAAGUUAAAGCUCCAUUCUUGUCCAAGAACCCUUAGGGAAAGAAAGCCACAUGAGCCCUAUAAAAAUGGGAAAUCUUCAUGCAUGAAGUCAAAACCUGCACUUCAGGAAAUUCACACAGGGGAGAAACACUCUGAAUGUAAUAAAUUUGGAAAAUUUAGCAAGAAAUCAAACUUUACCCAACAUCAAAGAAUGUACACAGGAGAAAAACCUGAUGAGUGUAAUGAAAAUGAGAAAGCCUUGAAGAAGUUAGACCAUACUCAAAAUGAGAGAAUUCAUGCAGGAGAGAAAAUCUGUGAUUAUAAGAAAUGUGGGAAAUUCUUUCAUGAAAAAGCAUGCCUUACUCAGCAUCAGAGAACCCACACAACAGGAAAACCCAGCAAGUGUAAUGACAGUGAAAGACUCUUAAAGAAGGAAUCUUGCCUCACACUCAAUCAGAGAAUUAAAGCAAGAGAGAGAAACUGUAACGAUAAUAAAUGUGAGAAACCUUUCUUUGAGAAGUUGAAACACACUCAACAUCAGAGAAGGCACUCAGGGAAAAAAACCAAUGGAUGUAAUGAAAGUAGGGGUGCCUCAAGUAGGAAGUCACAACUCACACAAAGCCAGAGAGCUAACAAAAAAGAGAAAACCUAUGACUGUAACAAAUGUGGAGAAAGCUUCCAUAAGAAAACAGAUCUCACACAGCAUCAGAGCACACACACAGGGAAAAAACCCUAUGAAUGUAAAGAAUGUGAAAAAUCCUUCUUUGUGAAGUCCAACUACACUGAACAUCAGAGAACUCACACAGGAGAAAAGCCAUAUGAGUGUAAUGAAUGUGGAAAGUCCUUUUGCCAGAAAUCAGCCCUCACAGUACAUCAGAGAACUCACACGGGAGAGAAACCAUAUAAAUGUAAUGAAUGUGGGAAAACCUUCUGUGUGAAAUCAAACCUUACUCAACAUCAAAGGACUCACACAGGUGAGAAACCCUAUAAAUGUAAUGAAUGCUGGAGAUCUUUCUGUGUGAAAUCCAACCUUGUCGUGCAUCAGAGAACUCAUACAGGAGAAAAACCCUACAGAUGUCCUGAGUGUGGGAAAACCUUCUAUGAAAAGUCAGCCCUCACAAAACAUGAGCGAAUUCACACAGGGGAAAAACCCUAUGAAUGUUAUGAAUGUAGAAAAAACUUCAGCCAGAGGUCAGCCCUCACCAAACAUCAAAGGAAAACACACAAGAAGAAAAUUCCCAUCAACACCCUCCAUGUGCAGAAACCUGCAUCUUCAAGCCAAAUUUGUUGAACAUCAGCAAAAUCACAGGGCAGAAACCCUAAGGUGUUAACACAUGUAGGAAAGUAUUUGUUCAUAGGUUAUAAUGAAUAGGAAUUAGAAAAUUAACAUAGGAGUGAAACCACAUGAAUGCUUUGAACAUGUAAAAGCUUUCAGCAAGCAUUCAGAGCUGUUGAGGAAAAAUUAAUUUGAGAUACAUUAAUUUAAAAAGUUCUUGUGCAUAAAUUGUUUAAGUAGAAG